AUGGACCUAGAGACAUUAUUAUCAUAGCCCUGAAUAAUCUUCCAUGUCAUUGUGAUACAGAUCUACGAUUUUGGUAUUUUGAACUUACCCGACCGUGACCCCUCCGCACGUGAUCGACCUAGCACAUGACAAUCCAAGAUGGCGGACGGUAGUGAUGUGGCCCCACUGAUACACCAGACAAGCAGCAAGCCGUGUGCCCUCGGUGUGAGAAGAAGAAACUUCAGCCUCUCUGUGAUCCUUGGCGUUCUGUUACUGUCAGCUGUGGUGUAUUUUGCUGCCCAAGUCGUGUUUCCGUUCGCCAUUAUUCGCUCCGAACAAGGGGAAUACCACAACCACUACGACCGUCCGUUGUUCAAGCUACCGAACUGGCUCGACCGCGGUGAAAAUGAUACUCAGAACAAACCAACGGCGGCUGACGGUUCCGUGCGAGAGGAAGUGUCGGCGAUAAAGGUGGUACAGGCGACGCAGGGAGCCGGGGUCGGGAAAGAGUUACAGGUAGACAGCAACGUUACCAACAACAACCCGGAAGUAAAGAGCACCUCUGCACAACUGUACGUGUUGCCGAAGGAGGAGGCCGACAAAACUGGAGCCUACUGUUUGGACGGGUCUCCACCGGCCUACUACCUCAGGAAAGGAAGCGGUACUGGGCAGAAGUCCUGGAUUGUUUGGUUGAAAGGAGGCGGCGCAUGUUUGAAUGUCACCAAAUGCUACCAGCGAAGUUUCACCGACCUUGGGUCCAGCAAGGGCUUACACCAUGAGAGUACUUUAAAAGGAAUCUUAUCAGCAUCGAAAGACGUCAAUCCAGAUUUCUAUACCUGGAACGCCGUUUUGGUGAUGUACUGCGAUGGGUAUUUCUACGCGGGGAACAGGGAAGAUGUGGUGAAGCACUACGACAAGUCCCUGUACUUCAGAGGACGCCGCAACCUUAACGCACUGAUCGUCCACCUGUUACAGACGGGACUGGGAGAGGCAGACCGGCUCAUCUUGGGUGGAUCAUCCGCGGGAGCGAUAGGAACGUAUGUAGGAGCAGAUGACGUCAUAGCCCGCCUGCCUAGCUCCAUUGACGUAAAGAUCGUCCCAGACUCGGGCAUGUUCAUGGACCUGCCGGACAAGGACGGGGUCUACUUUUUCAACGACAGCCUUGCGACAGCCAUAGAACUGCACAACGCGACUUCGUCUGCCAACAAGGCAUGUCGGGAAACUCGUCCCCAGGAUGAACAGUGGAAGUGCGCCUUCCCAGAAAACCUCGUUCCCUACGAGCCUAGACCGCUCUUCAUGCUGAACUACCUGUACGACAAGGUCGCGCUGAUGGACAUCCUCAGAACAACCUGCUAUCCCGACCAGUGUCAGGGAAAAGACUUGGCCGCCGUGCAGAACUAUAGGACCACUCUGCUAAAGGUCGCCCAGACGGAGCUCCGUGAAAAAGAUGGCGCCUUCCUCAUCACGUGCUUUGCCCACGUCAUGAAUAAUGACGUAUCCUGGGCACGGCUGACGGUCAACAACAAAACGGUCCGACAGGCUGUGGGUGACUGGUACUUCGGCAGGACUGCCGACAACGUCCAUGCCGACACGGGUCCAGAGAUGAACCCUGUGUGCAAGAGAUACUUGGGUGAUGACACAGAGAUUCGCAGUCUCUGGGAUUAGACUUUUGAGGCUAUUUAUUUGUAUCUUGAACUGAUUCAUGACCACGCCUUAAGCUAUGCAAAUACUAAACAACAAUUAAGCCACUUUGAAUCUUCAUUUCUUUUAUCUGUUUUAGCCACGUGUCUUGCCCAGAGGACCAAAGAUGAUUAGUGUUAGAUAACUAGUAUUUGGAGAUCAGAGCAUUCAAAGUUUAAUACGUAUGUUAUCAACAAGCUAUGUCGGGUUCAGCUAUGUUCAAUUCUGAACAAGCUAUGUUCAGAGGGUAAUUUGAUAUUGUCUUACGUUUUCGAAAAUUCAAAGAAGCAAUAGCAUGAAGUCCACAUGUGCAAUAUAGUGGAGUAGCGUUUCAGUGCCUUCAGUCAAAUCAUUGUCCGAUUCGGACAUACACCAUGCGCGCGCGCCAUCUAACGGUUCACACGAAAACGCCACCAUGCAAACUUGAGAGUGAUGAGUGGUAUGAGUACUGUAGCACAUAGAAAAAAUUCGAAGCAACUUGGUGUAACUGCUGUUACGAGUACCUUUUUAGUAUCAGACACUACAGUUUCCCCUGGCCAUGGACAGUGGAGCUAACGUUCUUCUUCAAAAUUUGAUGUAGAGCUGUCUUUAUGAGACAUGUACACGUUUUUGCCACAACGAUUGACAGAGUCAAGAAUAAACACAUCGGCAAAGUGGUAAACUCAAGAAGGGUCUGAAUUGUAAAUACAUUGGAAUCAAUAUAUACAGCUGUUGAUUUAGUCUUUCUUGCUAUAAAAUAUACAUUUUGAGCCAACAUUAAGACAUAUUCUGAUCAGUGGCGGUGCGGUUUCCGUCGAUCACAAAAGCUUCUACUAUUAAGUGUGUUACCUAGUAUCAAGUAAACACCAUCUUCCCUGUUUGCAAAGCUUAAAAGCUAAGCAGCUUUGAAUGUUUCAACGUAUAGUAAUAUUUGCGUCCAUUCUAUUCUUAACCACGUUUCUAUGCCACUAUUACUAUGGAAAACAUUGAAAGCACAUUGUGGAAAAUCCAUUUCCUGAAUCGGAGGGUCCUAACACAUGCUUUGCACAGUCUGAAGAUAUAAGUGGAGUAGUCUUGUAGCAUCGACACUGUUAUAUCAUUAAAUGGUCCAACUGUAGUCUGAUCUACGUUUCUUGUGGAUUGUCGAUUUCGACUAUAAUGAAUCUCAGAUUUGGUGUUCUAAGACAAUAAAAAUGUCAAGUCUCU